AUGUCGUCCACCACUGCCACCUUACGACCAUUUCACGAGACGUUUACUUCUCCGGAGGUAAAGACCUCUGCUGCCCUCCUACGCUCAGCGACCAGUCUCCCCUCCAAGUCCCUAUCGUACUGGCUCGUCAACGUACCCCCUUACCAAUGGACCGCAGAAUGUCCCGGCUUCCUACGCGACACCUCGCAGAAGAACAUCGAAAUUCUCUCGACCCCUGACGAGCAAUAUCGGAGACAGGGGUGGGAGCUAGUCAAAGACAUCGUCCGGACCAACCAGAUUGAUCGGUUUCAGCGUCUCCCCAGCGAUCUGAGGAGGUAUCUCGAGUACAAGGAGUAUAUUAUCGCGGAGUAUGGGUCGAUUAUGCGGUUCGUGGUGAAGGAACGACUGCGCUGGGGUGAGGGAACGGUCGAGGAUUUGAAGCCGAAGGGGCGGCCAUUUGAAUAUGCCGAGGACAUGCGAAUUCUGUUCAAUGACUGGCCGUACGGGGUCGAGGACGGCAUUGUGCAUUUGGUGAUAUGGACCAAGUUCGAGCUGGAGGAUGACCCGGCCACGGAUGACUUGACGCCACGCGCGCGCCAGGAGAUCGAGGAGUAUGUGCAACGGACGUUUUGCUCACGGAUGCCGGCCGACCAGGUCAUCUGGUUCAAAAACUGGAAGUCAUUGAAGUCGGUGCAUGCCGUGGAGCAUUUCCAUGUCAUGCUCCAUCAUCCCGAUGCGGAAUUUCUGAGGGAGAUCACAGGUGGCGAUGCGCCGCUGAAAAGACAGUCGGCGUGA